ACUGCACUGAGAGUAGAAAAGAGACCGUGGUGAGCGGAAGGUUGUGCCGGCGGGAGCUUCUGUUAAGAAUGGAUGAAAUACUGAAGCAUAAACAUAGGCGGCCGUCGGUGCUGCGUCAUAAUCCACAAACGGCUUCCAGACAACAACAUGAUGGCAGCGGAUCUAGUUCUCUUUGUAAGGAGGAGACCGACUUGCGUCCUUCCUGGUCAAACUCUGCUUUGAUGCUGUCGACACCAAGCCCAAGCCUCUAUCUUAUGUCAUCGAACAGAGAACGUCCAAAGCAAUCUUCAGUCAAGACCGGGAUUGAUAAUAGCAUGCUGGAGGGGAUGAGUCCCCUGUUUGUAAGCGGUCUUUGCCGCUGGCCAGGCUGUGGAACCAUGUCAGAAGAUUUCUCCUCCUUCUUAGAGCACCUCAACUCUGAACACAGUCACAGUGAUAGAAGCAUUGCUCAGUGGAGGGUGCAGCACGACAUCGUCCAGUACAUGGAACGUCAGCUCGUCUUGGAGAAACAGAAACUUGUUGCGAUGCAGCUUCAUCUUUCAGAGAACAAAUACUCCAACCCGGUCAUCAGUGAAGACAGAAACCAACAGGGGGGGAUAAAAACCCCAAAUCAGUUGGUCCAACAUGACUGCACAGCCAAAGCAGCUUCCCAUCUUCUGCCAGAUCUGUUCCCGGGUAUUGAAUGCUACAAAUACAACAACAUCCGGCCUCCAUACACUUAUGCUUACCUGAUAAGAUGGUCGAUCUUGGAGUCUCCAGACAAACAGAGGACUCUGAGUGAGAUUUACAAUUGGUUUACUACCAUGUUCUUCUACUUCAGACACAACACAGCUACAUGGAAGAAUGCAAUACGUCACAAUCUGAGCCUUCACAAGUGUUUUGUACGAGUGGAAGGAGAGAAGGGAGCCGUGUGGACCGUGGAUGAACCAGAAUACCAGAGAAGAAAAGGACAGAAGUAUCACCGAGACUGCCCUGUGAAGUGGCUCACCUACUCCCAUUUCUAUGCUGAAGAGCCGGCAGCCGACAGCAGCACAGUGCCUCUCCUGUUUUCUAGAUGUUGAAGUCAUGUAUAUUCUUCUAUUCACAUUUUACUCAUCUCUUUCAUUUCUUAUUUGCAUGAUAAUAUACAUCAUGUUUUACUAUGGAAAGCUUUCACAUCAACUACAAUUACUCACUGCAGAAAUAAAAUCUACUUUUCACGUCAUUGAAAGCUCCAGGACACAAAAUGAAGCCUUAUUGAGAUUCCUGGAAGGUUUCACGUUGACUAAUUACUGUCAUGGUUUUGGUUAUAUUGUGCUUUACUUUGCUCUAUGUUCCCUAGUUUUAUUGGUUUAAUUCCUUUUUUGU